AGUGAUUCUAUGGAACAUGAAUCAAUUAAAGAAGAAAAUAAUACAACGGAAGAUCAUGAAAUAAUUAAAAAGGAAAUACUAGAAGAAAAUGUUACAGCAAAACACAAACGGAUUGAUUUUAAUGAAGAAGUUUCCAUGGAUAAAUAUAAAAAAAUUAAACUUGAACAUCAAUUAAAUACAGAAUUUAUUAUAAAAGAUGAAAUAUUUGAUGAAAGUGAUUCUAUGGAACAUGAAUCAAUUAAAGAAGAAAAUAAUACAACGGAAGAUCAUGAAAUAAUUAAAAAGGAAAUACUAGAAGAAAAUGUUACAGCAAAACACAAACGGAUUGAUUUUAAUGAAGAAGUUUCCAUGGAUAAAUAUAAAAAAAUUAAACUUGAACAUCAAUUAAAUACAGAAUUUAUUAUAAAAGAUGAAAUAUUUGAUGAAGAUGAUUUAGAACAUCAAUCAAUUCAAAAAGAAGACAAGAAUAUUUCAUGUGACGUUUGUCAUGCAAAAUUAGCUGAUCAAUACCGUUUAAUUGAACAUAAACGAAUACACACUGGAGAAAAACCUUUUUCUUGUGAAGUUUGUGAUAAAUCAUUUACUCAGCGAAAACGUUUAACAGCACAUAAACGGACCCAUACUGGAGAAAAACCUUUUUCUUGUGAAGUUUGUGAUAAAUCAUUUACUCGGCGAAACAAUUUAAAAAGACAUAAACGGACUCAUACUGGAGAAAAACCUUUUCCUUGUGAAGUUUGUGAUAAAUCAUUUUUUCACAAAGAAGGUUUAGAGUGUCACAAACGGACUCAUACUGGAGAAAAACCUUUUUCUUGUGAAGUUUGUGAUAAAUCAUUUUUUCACAAAAAAAGUUUCGAGUAUCACAAACGGACUCAUACUGGAGAAAAACCAUUUUCUUGUGAAGUUUGUGAUGAAUCAUUUACUCAGCGAAGCAAUUUAACAACACAUAAACGGACUCAUACUGGAGAAAAACCUUUUUCUUGUGAAGUUUGUGAUAAAUCAUUUACUCAGCGAAUCAGUUUAACAGCACAUAAACGGACUCAUACCGGAGAAAAACCUUUUUCUUGUGAAGUUUGUGAUAAAUCAUUUUUUCACAAAGAAGGUUUAGAGUAUCACAAACGGACUCAUACUGGAGAAAAACCUUUUUCUUGUGAAGUUUGUGAUAAAUCAUUUAUUCAGCGAACCAAUUUAACAGCACAUAAACGGACUCAUACUGGAGAAAAACCUUUUUCUUGUGAAGUUUGUGAUAAAUCAUUUACUCGGCGAACCACUUUAAAAGCACAUAAACGGACUCAUACUGGAUAAAAACGUUUUUCUUGUGAAGUUUGUGAUAAAUCAUUUGCUCAGCGAAACAAUUUAAUAGCACAUAAACGGACUCAUACUGGAUAAAAACCUUUUUCUUGUGAAGUUUGUGAUAAAUCAUUUUUUCACAAAAAAGGUUUAGAGUAUCACAAACGGACUCAUACUGGAUAAAAACCUUUUUCUUGUGAAGUUUGUGAUAAAUCAUUUACUUGGCGAACCACUUUAAAAGCACAUAAACGGACUCAUACUGGAUAAAAACGUUUUUCUUGUGAAGUUUGUGAUAAAUCAUUUGCUCAGCGAAACAAUUUAAUAGCACAUAAACGGACUCAUACUGGAGAAAAACCUUUUUCCUCUCAAA